AUGGAGUCUCUCGCGGAUACGGGUCUCGCAACAAUGAAGCGGUUCAAGCUUCUUCAAGAAGUUGAGUUAAAAUCAGUCGAAGAUCAGUCACACGAAUCGCCGAAGCAACUCUUCCUUGCUCAAUUAGACCGAUUUGAACUUUGGGCGGUGAAUCUCGGCGUCUUUGUAAUGGGUCACGGUUCUCUGGAUUACAGGAUUCGCGAUUCCGAAAGUAUGAAAGAGGCCAUACUUCAGAUGAUGAAAAACUUGAACAGAUCACUCGAUGAAGCCCUUGCCUACCUUCAUGGCGAUAUUGAACAAGAAGAUGAAGAUUCGGAUACGGACUCAAGCUCUGAGAUGGAAUCGGACAUAGACUUGCUUCUUGAUAGUAUCAAGGAUCCCAUUGAUCGACUAUAUAAGAUGGCCGUUUGGAUACGAAACCCAGCGACUAGGAUUACAUCCACAAAAGCCAGAAAUUUGCAGCAAGUUGAUGAAGAAACCAACGUAGAUUUGUUCAAGUCAUUUGAGAAAUUUGAUUAUGAACAUAUCAGCUCUCUCUUUCUAGAAUAUGAAAAGAAUAAAGCUAUCCAAGAAAAUCCAAUAGCCAAACCCCACGACACAGUUGGCGACGACAAAGCGCUUGUUGAAGAUCAGGUGUGGGAGCCGAUCAGAAAGACGUUGGAGCUGAAUAGGAUAAAACUAUCAAAUGGAGAUGAAUCCUACCUUGUUCGCCGCAUAGCUCGAGCUAAUGGACUCAGACGGCAGCAAUUCGCUUAUUGGAGAAAGCAUGAAAACAAGCUCCGUGAACACGCCGCUGUUGUCGUCCAAGUUCCAACGCAUAAUUUACCUACAACAAGUCAUAUUAUACAAUUGGAAGACAAGAAUGAAAAGGCCAAGGCACCUCUCACAGUCACUACGGCUACUCAACUACGCCUUUCGCACGGAACUGGGAAAGAAUUGGGGAAAGAAAAUGUCAUGACUCUUGCCGUCUCUGAGUAUGCUCCGUCAGCAUGGAAUCCUAGCAAGGACAUCGUCAACUUUCCGCCGGCCCCGAAAAUAUCUACGGGUAAUGAAUUUUUUGAAUGUCCAUACUGCUAUACCAUUUGUCCUGCUUCCAUUCUCUCGGAAAAGGCCUGGAGAGCUCAUAUAAUACGGGAUUUACGACCUUAUAUUUGCACUUUUGAACAUUGUUCAGAUUCUGAGCAAUUAUAUGACAACCGUGACGACUGGAUUCAGCACGAGAUCUCUACCCACCAAAUCCUAUUUCGGUGCCCAAAGCAUGAAGAAGAAACCUUUACCACCUUGGCUACAUACGAAGAACAUACACAAAAACAUCAUAAAGAAGACGUAAUGUCCCCAAGUUUUGCAAGAUCAACAACUACCAAUAUCCACCGCAGCUGUCCUGUUUGCUCAAUAGUUUUGGGGACCUCGCAAAAGUUUUGGAAUCACAUCGCUCUUCACCUUGAGCGGUUCGCAAUGUUUUCCUUACCUCGCUGUACAUAUGAUGACAAUGAGGGGGGCUCUGGAGGUCGAUCUGCUAGUGCUAUUUUUGAUUCUGACAGGUCUUUCAACGAGGAUCCAGAUGUAGAAUCAAAUGCUACUGGCAGAGAUGAGGAGCCCAACACGACAAAUGAUGAAAUAAUGGGAAAGAUAUUAUGUGACGCAGGAAUAGUACGCUCAUUAAGGCAUACGAAUUGGGACGAUGAAACCUUCCUGGGGGUAAUGGCGCAAGCACGCGGCCAGUUAAGCCGGUGUGGGGAAGUAAUUAGAGCCUGGACCCCGAACGACACAGUAAACAACCUCCUAUUAGAGUUCGGAGAAGCAUGCAUUGGGGCCGGGUUGGUAGAAGAUGCUAUCGAAACGCUUGAGCACUUGAAACUUAUUCAAAGCGGCCAGCCUGAACAUGAUGGGCCGGCACUGCUACGGACAAAGCAACUGUUAGCGACGGCUUACCAAGUAAAGGAAGCGCUACAAGAAGUGGAGGAAUUGUCAAGAGAUGACCCCAAUCUUUAUGAUAAGCCGAUCAAUACUAAAGUUCUUCAUAUAUUUGCUCGAACCGAAGCCGGGAAGAGGCACGCCGAAACUAUUUGGGGCCGGAGCAUCUGGAAGACUCGACAGAGUCAAAACGAACUAGAGCAAGGAGAUGAUGAGAAUCACAUCUUAUCAGAAGACAACCACGCCGGCCACAGCGGACAAAACCCCAGCCGAGCUGAUCAUGACCGCCGGGUGCCCACGAAUCCGCCUGAGAUCACCGAGUUCGCUUCUGAACGAUACUAUGAGAAGCUCCGCCAACUGCAAGCCGAUCACCAACAGGCGAAUGAUGCGGAAUCUAAUGCCACGACGACGGCGACGGCGUCCGAAUUCAUCCUGCCAUUGCGAAAGUCAUCGAGUGCCACAGAUGAGAAGCCCCAGCCGUCAGCUCGAGGCAAGAAAAGUUUCCUGUCAUUAAGACAAAAAGCUGCCGCACAUGCAACCCAUCAGUUGAGUUCCAAAGAUAUCAUCGCAGAGCAAGAAGCGACGGGUAGUCCAUACCUAUGGAAGAAGGAAGAUAACGAAAUGCGAGGGGGGGGACAUGAUAUUGAAUCAGAGAUAACAGUAUUGAAGGAAAUGUUUAAAUGGCUGUUGGAAAAAUCUCAGGCAGAGUUUGAACAGGCAGCUGAAGGCACGGAGCUCAAAUUAGAAGCGCAAACAUUGGCCCGAACAUUGGCACAACAAACGACAUUAUACAUGUUGGAUGUUCAAGAGCUAAAGAUUCAAUACUUUGGGGCAACUAACAUAUUGGAAAGAAAUGAGAAAGGACGCGCAUUUGUCGACAAAGUUAGAUCGUACGAUUUCGGAGGGAUGAGAGAUAUGAUCGAAGAGAUACAAAAGAAGCGGGAGGCAGAAGAAGCGCGACGAGCAGAAGCAGCACGAGAACGAAAUGAAAAUCAAGCACAGUCAGAAAAACGACUACUUCUAAAAAUAGAAGAGGCCAACAAGGAGCUGACUGAGCAUGAAGAGAGAAAGCUAAGGAUUAUUGAGAGACACGAGAAGGCAUUGGAGGCAAAGCGUGGACAAAAAGAUUCCUCUGCAGCACUGCCAGAAUUGGAAGCACGAGAUGCCUCAACAGAAAUACCAACAAGGAUAGAAACGUCCAAAUCGGAGUUGAGCGUUUAUGAAGACGAAUUAGCAGCAGAAGAUAAAAAGAUAAGGAUUGCUGUUGAGAAGUUAAUAGGCCUGAAGGAAGUGUUACGUGGCGUCCGAGCAGAAAAGGAAGUCCAGGUCCCGUCUAGUAGCGAGAGCCAAAAGGCUCAAUCGAGACGUAGCGAAACAACAUGGCAAUGUUGCCAAUGCGGGACGGGAGAUCUCGACUUCCUGGUCGAUUAUUAUUGCACUGAACACGACUGUCGACACCCGUUCUGCCACAAUUGCCUUAUUAAUUUUGAUUAUGUAGGCUCGGCAUAG